UGACAGACGAUGACGAUGAGGCUCGGUGAGUGGAGUCGCCCUGCUGUUAUUACGGGGAAAGCACCAGCACCGCAACUCCAACUUUAACUCUCGCUCUCCAAGUCCCUCUGCAUCUCCAUCGCCCUUGGAUCCUCCCCACUUCUUCUCUUUCUGGUCCUUGGUCUAUCAUUGAAUACAACUCGAUCGUCAGAAAAAAGAAGCAACAAGAAACUCGCAGUCAUGGCGGACAUGCCCAUUGUUCUCGACGGAGGAACCGGUUUCCUCAAGGUCGGAUAUGCAGCGCAAAACUUCCCAGAGCAUCAGUUCCCCUCGAUAGUGGGGCGGCCCAUACUCCGAACGGAGGAGCAAGCCGGUGAUAUUGUCGUCAAGGAUAUCAUGUGCGGAGAUGAGGCGGCCGCUGCUCGAUCAAUGCUUCAAAUCAGCUAUCCUAUGGAAAAUGGAAUUGUCAAGAAAUGGGACGACAUGCAGCAUCUAUGGAACUACACCUUUUACGAUAAGAUGAACAUCGAUCCUACCGGUCGCAAGAUCCUUCUCACCGAACCCCCGAUGAACCCCCUCAAGAACCGUGAGAAGAUGGCAGAGGUCAUGUUGGAGGGAUACAAUUUUGGUGGUGUAUACGUGGCUAUCCAAGCUGUGCUUGCUCUAUACGCCCAGGGUCUCAGUAGCGGUGUGGUCGUCGACUCCGGUGAUGGUGUUACGCACAUUAUCCCCGUCUACGAAUCUACAGUUCUGAACCACCACAUCCGUCGAUUGGAUGUCGCCGGUCGCGAUGUUACCCGGAAUCUCAUCGCCCUGCUCCUCCGCCGCGGUUACGCCCUGAACCGUACAGCCGACUUUGAGACUGUGCGCCAGAUCAAGGAGAAGCUGUGCUACGUCUCCUACGACCUCGAGUUGGACAAGAAGCUUUCCGAAGACACCACCGUUCUGGUGGAAUCAUACACCCUCCCCGAUGGCCGUGUCAUUCGUGUGGGUAGCGAACGAUUCGAAGCCGCCGAGUGUCUCUUCCAGCCGCACCUGGUGGAUGUCGACCAGCCCGGUGUUGCUGAGAUGCUGUUCAACACUAUCCAAGGCGCCGACGUGGAUGUGCGCUCUAGUCUGUACAAGGCUAUUGUGCUCAGUGGUGGAAGCAGCAUGUACCCCGGUCUGCCAUCGCGGUUGGAGAAGGAACUGAAGCAAUUGUGGCUCACACGUGUGCUUCAAGGAAACCCAGAGAGAUUGAACAAAUUCAAGGUCCGCAUCGAAGACCCUCCACGGAGAAGACACAUGGUUUUCUUGGGAGGAGCUGUCCUUGCCAACCUGAUCGCGGACAAGGAAGACAUGUGGGUGACCAAGCAAGAAUGGGAGGAACAGGGUGCCCGUGCUUUGACCAAACUCGGACCCAGAUAGUUUCUUUUCUUCUCGUGCUUCAGCCGUUUUCUCAAGUCUCUACCCAAACCCUUCCUUUCUUCGCAAUUCAAGCUCGCAUUGAUAUGUCAUAUAAGGCCUUAAGGAUUUAUACCUUAUCUUGUUCCUGGUUUUUGUAGCUAGUAUAGAAAGUAACCGAGCAAGCCUCUUGAAAAGCCCCCUUUUUUGUGAAUAAAUUCCCCUUAAAUCUCUUUUUCUUGUUUUUCCAGAAUAUUGAGUAAUGUGGAAGAAUCACGGUCUAUUUUUGGUGUUGCCAAUAGAUAAUCUAUAAUUUUGACAUGGCAAAUGAGAACAAAGAAAUUUAACCCGAACAGUA